AUGGCCUCGAGAUGCAUAUCCAUUCACGGGCGGAGUGCUUUCACCCCAUGCACACUCCGGGCCAUGUCGAGCACAACCAGCAUCCCGCCAGAACUAACUUCGGCCGCUGGAGGAGGAGGAACCGACACGCUACCAGGCCAAAAGCAGACAGGGCCCAGUGCCGUGGAACCUCCCGUGAAAAAGAAGAAAACCCAAAAAGAGAUGGAUGAGGAGCUGAAGCAGAAAAUGGAAGGCAUAUCAGGCGAUGGAGGCGCGUCGGGUGUCGUGUAUGAGGACGGGAAGCCGGUGGCCAUGAGAAGGUCGGUCAGAGAGAAUAUGUUUCGAUAUAUCUGA